UUCACAGGUCUGUAAACAUGUUACAUGCUAGAUAUUGAAAUAAAAAGUGCGAUACGUACGUAGGCAAUUUAACAUUUUUAAAGCAAGUAUAACACAAUCAAUAAAGAACGUACAUGCCCCGUAUACACGAUGUAUCAAGUAGUUUAAUCAGUAAUUCUGUAUUAAGUAUGGAUUCGCGAAGUGAUGGUACUGUUUUCUUAGCGAAGUGCAUUAUAGGUUUAUGCCUCUUGUCGUUCCAAAAAGAUUUUGCUUUUGGAUGCGGUGGAAUAACACACACGAUUAUAGCGGAAAGAGCUAAAGACAGUUUUCAAGAGAAUUCUCAUUAUAGGAAGCUCAUGGAUAUUCAUGAAGAUGCAUUUAAUGGAGGAGCACCCUAUCCUGAUGCCUUUUACGAUGAUAUCUGUUUCAAAGGUAUAUAUCAUGAUGUAUCAGAAGACACUCACUGGGGGGAAUUCUUGAAUGUUAGCAUAAACUACAUCAAUAAACUACCUAAACCAUGGGAUAUGGCAACAGAGAAGUUAUUUGUGUUUGUGAUGGCUUUAAUGUCCCACCAAGUAGCUGAUAUCACUUGGCACAGCUUGUACUUGGAACAAGGAUUUCUACCAACCAUGGGAUAUAUGAAUUUUCAUGGGUCAUAUUCAAAUGCUCAUCCAGUAGGAGACUUUGGAGGUGAUGUUUGGAAUGUGUAUGGCUUACUGUCAAAAGACUACAAGAUUGACCCAGAUAAAUACUGGUAUUUGCCUGUUGAUGAUCUCUACAAUAUUUACAAGGAAUUCUAUGGGAAAACCAGGAUCGACAAAGACACCAUAGAACUCUGCUCCGGAUUACUCCUCCUGUCUGAAAUAGCAGAAAUUUUGUUAGGAUCAGAGCCAUUCCUUGUGAUAGCUAAUGACAGCAACUUUCUGAUCGACAAUGAGAUGGAGUACUUUCAGGGGGGUUUGACUGACAUGGCAAGUCUGACCACAAGGAAAUGGAACGAUGCCAUCACAAUGAUAGAGCAAGGAGUGCAAGCUUGCCAUGUUCCACAUAGUACGGUGUUUAUCAAUUGCACAAGAGGAUUGGACGGAUCACCAGACAAUCUAGCUCCCGUAAAGAAGUCUCGCUACCAGAGACUUAGAUUGUAUGAUCUCACAAUGGAUGAUUUAAGAAUUACACCAUCCCUUAGGGGAGUCAAAAUUCAGAUGGCUGAUAAACUUAAGGACAGGGUAUUAGAUAGAAAGAGAAAAGAUUAUAAAUUUCUUCAAAGAAAGAGUUUUGAGUUAGCAAAGUCUGGUAACAAACAGCAGCCCAACUUUACAAUUGACUACAGCAGUUCUAGAAACUACUCCCAGUUAGGAUGGUCAUUGGUAGCCAAGGAUUUGGACGGGGAUGGCAAUGAAGAUCUAGUGGUAGGCUCUCCAGGAUACAGUACCAGUAACGAACCCCAGAGGGGCUGUGUCUACAUCCUAUACAGUGGAGAUUCUGGACUGCCAGUCGGUGGAAGUCCCUUUGUGGAUAUUGAUAACCCGACUCUUGGAUACAACAGAAUUCUGGAGGGAAACCCUGGGGAAUACUCUAGAUUUGGAUAUGCACUAGCAGCUAUGGAUAUCAACUUGGAUGGUAACAUGGAUAUUGCUGUCUCUGCAAGCUCACUCAGUAACAAAGGACUGUUAGAUUACAACGGUGUUGUAUAUGUGUACUUUGGAUCAGGGGUUAAAAGGUCAUGGAACAGCAAACCUGAUCUGGUCAUGACAUGUCAGAUGCAGUUCUGCAACCUUGGUUCCUCUAUGACCAGCUUAGACAUCAAUAAUGAUGGGAAGGAUGACCUUGUAAUUGGGUCACCUUUUGCCAGUGUCAAAAACCUGACUCAGAAUGGAAUGGUAACUGCAUUGCUUUCAUCAAACAGUCUGGUUUCAGGCAUGGAUAUACCAGUGGAAAAAUUGACACAGACUUGGAUUUUGUUUGGUAAUCAGUCUUACAGUUGGUUUGGGCACAGGUUGAAUGCUAAGAAAAAGCAACUGCUGGUCAGUCAGCCAUAUUACAGAUUAUGCAAAAGUUGUGGAAGCUACCUGGCAACAGACAUUCAGAGUGUCGGUAAAUUAAACAUUUACUCCUUUGGAAAAAGCUUUAACACAAAACCUAGUUUGUCCAUUAAUGGCAGAAACAGAUUUGAUCAAGCUGGCUAUAGCAGUGACAUAGGUGACCCGUUUGGUAACGGAUCCUCGAUCCUUGCUGUGGGGAUUCCUGGGAUGGACGUGAUUGGAAGGGUUGAUUCCUCUUCAGAAAAAUUCACUCAGGGAGGGGGGGUUGUUCUGAUGACUACAGAACUGAAGGAAGUGGCCCAGUUCACUGGGGACAGGAUGUUCAGUAGAUUUGGAAGUGUUGUCAAGUUCAGUGAUGUUAAUGGUGAUGGUAUAGAUGACCUAUUGAUAUCAGCACCAAUAAGGAAUGACAACCCAACUAUUCUGAUCAAUUCAAGAAUAAAUGGAAAAGUGUAUGUAUUCUAUGGUGGCAGUCAGUUCCCACUGAACAAUGCUACAGUGUCGCCUGUUUGUGGCUCAAUCUCCCCUUGUCCAGAAAUAUUGGCCAAUUUAACUCUAGGAUAUGGAUUAGAUUGGAAAACAGACUUUGGAAAACCAAUGACAAUUCUGAAAUGUAAACAACAGGUCCAGAUAGUUGUGUCCGCUCCUGAAAGCGGAGACAAUUUUAAAUCCAGAACUAUGAAGCAGUCUGGGAAUGUAUAUGUAUACAAUACGAGAUCAUAGUCCCAGUGCCAAUUUACACAGUUCUUCCACUGAUGUGGAUCAUAAUUGCUUCACCAAUGUCUAUGUGUACAAGACCAUAGUCCCUGUGCCAAUUUACACAGUUCCUCCACUGAUGUGGAUCAUAAUUGCUUCACCAAUGUCUAUGUGUACAAGACCAUAGUCCCUGUGCCAAUUUAUACUAUACUUCCUUUGUCUGUCCUUGACAAAGAUUACCCAGUCUUUCACAAAAAGUCAAACUCUGUCUUUCAAGGUCAAGUGCUUCUUUCUUGGUGGUGUUCAAGGGUAAUGUGAUUUUGAUUUAAUGUUCUUAUAUUUACAUUUUCCAAUAUCUUUGUCUGUGAUAAAACUAUGAUUGUCUGAUAGGGUUCAUCAAUGACUAUUUUAAUAUACAGGCAUUGUGCCUGCUAAUAACCUGAUUCAAUGUAUUCUUAUGUUCUUGAAUGUAAUACAAGUACUAGGUAAAUUAAAUUCUUUGAGUAUUAUGAGAUGAUCAAAUACGGCCAGGUGUGAUCAAGUCUAUCAUAAAGCCUUUCGGGCUCUAUUGGAUUUGAUCACCCUGGCCGUAUUUUAUCACCCCAUAAUACUCAAAAAAUGAUUCCUUAUUCCUUGAAAAAAUCUGCAGCAUUUUUGUCAGCUUAUAACACACACUUUUCUUACUUCCUGUGAUGUUUUGUUUUACACUAUGCAAUGAGUUCAUGUACUUAUUUUGCCUAAAUUCAAUAAUGAAAUAUUAUUCUAAGAAAAAAAUUAAAAACCUUCAAAUGUUUCAUGUAUUUUUCCAUUGUUUAGCUUUGUAUUACUAUCACAUCGAUGAUAUUUAUGUCUCAAUUUAUUGUUUAAAAGUCUCCAUACAUUAUUGUUUCUUUUUCUUGCCAUUUAUUAUGAUAAUUAAUUGUUAUGACAUCGUUUACAUGUAGUUUUAUCCGUAUAACCUGUAAGGUGUCAGUUGAAAAUUCAUAUUUCAAGAGGGGGGGGGGGGGUUGUGGGGGGGGUUGUGGACAUUUUUAGACCGUAUAAAUCCCCUAAAACAGUCCUGGAUAGAGAUAAGGACAAAUAUUUUUCCAGAUGUUAGAGGAGAGCAUUAGUCUAUCAGAGCAGCUGAUUUUAAUUAUAUUUGUGACCCAGCAUUUGAUCUGUAUGCAAUGCUAUAUGUAUUGUGUUGGGAUGUGUCAGUAGGAUUACCACUUAACAUUCUAACGGAACCUUGUCAUGUCUACAGAUAUUCUACAUUUGUAAGUGAAAACGAAGGUAUCAAAAACCACCUACGAAAGUCAUUGGACUGUACUGUGGUAUAAUUUUGUGAGAAUAAAUUUUAACUUCAAUAAAUGAGAUACAUGUAAGCUUUGCUUUGGAUUUGGACUAAUCAGUAAUAUUACACCUGUUAAAAUAUCAUUGUAGCUUGAAUGGUCACAUCUGACUAUUGAUUUCACUUCCGUGCCGUCUGGCGCAGUAGCGAGGAGACAUCGCAUUGCAGCAGUCGUCACGGAAUCCGCUCGUUUGGACCAAAGUACGCGAUUGGGUACAUAUUCAGUUUAGGGGUAACAAGUGCAAAAUGCAUGGUUAAUAUCGAUGUUCUAUUCAAUAAGGUUAUCAUGAAUAGUCGAUCCAAUUUUUAAGGGUUUUUUUUUCAAACUUAAAGACACAUACUAUAGUAUUGGUGACAGCAAUGCAACGAUGUCUUAAAUUUUUUUAUCUUGGAGUUUCUUUACUCUUACGUGUUUUUCUCCAUAUAUUUUUUUAAAAAACUUUUUAAUCAAAUUUAAUAUAGACAAAAGCGAAUCCAUGUCUCUUUAAUUUUUUUACCUUCAAGUUGACCUUAUAGGAUAAAGACCCACCAUUCAUCAUAUCAUUUGUUAAUCCUAGUAUCUUGUUGUAAACUUCAAGAUAUUUACACCAACCUUCAUCAAGCGCUGAUGUAUUAUAAUUUGGUGAAAAGGAUAUAAGAAUAAACAAUUCAUUACGAUAAUUUAUAAUGAACUCGGAAAAGUGCGUAAUAUUCAAACUGUAUUUUCAUAUUGCAAUAAAAAUUAAUCUGCAUUAGAUGGGGAAUUCUUUCAUAUGGAGUUUUUCCUAAAUGUUCAUAAUUAUCAGCCGACAAAUAUUUCAGUUUGUUAGUCUUUGACUGGGAAGGGGACUGAUUAGUAUACUCAACAAGUUUAACAUAAACUUGCUGAAUACAUGCAUUUGUUUUCGGUUGAAAUAAAUAACACUGAUCAGUACAGAAA